AUGGACUGCAGGACCUCACUCUCUUCCCCAACGAAGAAAUCCUCGAAAUGCCUUCCAUCCACGAACCCUUUUUGCCAUUACCUCGGCGAGCUCCUGAAGAAGAGCAAAAUCACUCCUUUAUCCAUUUACGGUGAUAUGAACACCCGCAUAACCGCAAUCCAGGACGAUUUCAGAAAGGUUGUUCCCGGCGAUCUCUUUGUUUGUCGGGUGGGCACCAAAACGGAUGGCCACGCUUACUUGUCGGAGGCAAUCAGCAAAGGAGCAGUGGCCGUGUUGUCUGAAAGAGAACCCGAUAAAGAGGAGACCUUGGGGUGCCGAGCUAUCGUCACUGUGGAGAACACCCAUUCGGCAAUCCCUAAUCUCGCAGCUUCUUUCUACGGCCGUCCUUCCGAGAAGCUUUCUGUAAUUGCAGUCACAGGAACAAACGGUAAGACGACCACAACCCAUUUGAUAAAAUCCAUGUACGAGGCCAUGGGGACCAAAACUGGAAUGCUUGGUACAAUUGCUUACUAUAUUCACGGCAAUCAACAGCUUGAAGCUCCCAAUACGACCCCUGAUGCUUUACUAAUGCAAAAGCUGAUGGCAGAUAUGGUGGCUAAUGGGGCUAAAGCUGUUGUCAUGGAGGCUUCUUCUCAUGGAUUAGUUUUAGGAAGGUGCAAUGAGAUUGAUUUUAAUGUUGCAGUGUUUACCAACUUUACCAGAGAUCACCUAGACUUCCAUGGUACCACAGAUGAGUACAGAAAGAGCAAGGGCAUGCUGUUUGAUAGAAUGCUUGAUCCUGAAAAGAACAGGAAAGUUGUGAAUGUUGAUGACCCCAAUGCUUAUUACUUCUUAUCUAAGGGGAAUCCAGAUGUUCCUCAAGUGACUUUUGGAAUGGAGAACAAGGAUGCCGAUGUUCGGGCUCUGGAUUUUGAACUUUCAUUGUUUAGGACCAGAAUAUUGGUGGGCACACCAAAAGGGACUAUGGAGAUUUGCUCUAAAUUAAUUGGAAGGUAUAAUAUAUACAAUAUUCUUGCUGCUGUUUCAGUUGGGAUAGCAGUGGAUCUGCCACUGGAGGCAAUUGUGAGAGGAAUAGAACAGAUGGAUGGGGUUCCUGGGAGAUGUGAGUUGAUUGAUGAAAAUCAAGGAUUUCCGGUGAUUGUCGAUUAUGCGCACACGCCGGAUGCUUUAUCUCGUCUGUUGGAUGCUGUGAGAGAGCUAGGGUCAAAGCGUGUUAUCACUGUAUUUGGAUGUGGAGGAGAAAGAGAUAAGGGGAAGAGACCAUUGAUGACGCAAGUUGCAGCUGAAAAGAGUGACCUGGUUAUUCUGACAUCCGACAAUCCGAGGAAUGAAGAUCCAAUGGAUAUCUUAGAUGAUAUGUUGGACGGCGUUGGCUGGACGAUAAACGAUUAUUUGCAAGUUGGGGAAAGUGAUUGUUAUCCUCCCCUUCCUAACUAUCAUAGAAUCUUUGUUCAUGAAAACAGAAAAGUGGCUCUGCGAGCUGCCAUUGCCAUGGGAAAGGCUGAAGAUAUAGUUGUUGUUGCAGGGAAAGGUCAUGAAACAUAUCAAGUUGAAGGUGAUAGGAAGAUAUUUUUUGAUGAUAGAGAAGAGUGCAGAGAAGCUAUACGGAUUGUUCGAAAAUUGCGACAAGAAGGAAUUGAUUGUAGUCUAUUUCCAUGGUGGUUACCACAGAGUUACUGAAGACUUUCUACAAGAGGGGUUGUAUUCUUGUGCAUGGGAAGAUUGCUGACACACUAAAUGAUAGAAAAAAAAAAAAUUUAGACCAAUGAAGUGCUCUCCUUGAUGAAUGUUGGAUAGAGAAGACCGGCGAAAACCCGGCACGAAUAAUGUGUUUUUUUAUGUCAUUGAUUAUAACUCUACCUAUAUUGUGACUCAGUGAGUACUAAGGAGAUGAGUUGAGUGCCUAUAUUAUAUGUACAUAUGCAUUAUUAUUAAAUUCGCUCAAAAUCUUUAAGAA